AUUUUUAAUUUUCAACAUAUUUCCUUGGCUUCAAUGCAAUUUCUUUCCUAACUUUUUAUCUAGUUCUGAAUAGUUCAUGGCUGUCUCACUUCACCACCUCACAUUUUUCUUCCCCGUUCUCUGUCCACUGUCUCCAAAAUCCAGGUAUUGGAGUCUGAGAAGUUCUGUUUCAAGAACUGAGCUACAUGGCGCCACAAGAAAACCAAACCCACGAGCGAUAAUGGCUUUUGCGAGCAAUAAAGAUAACCAAGAAGCUGUUCUUCAACCUGGAGAGCGACUUUAUCUAGGAAUGGACUUUGGAACCUCCGGUGCUAGAUAUGCUCUUAUUGACAAACAUGGGACUAUUCAUUCUGAAGGAAAGAGAGAAUACCCGCUUUAUAUGAAUGGGGAAACAAUGGAUUGGAUCCAAUCUUGGAAGACAACAAUUUUCUCACUUCUAAAGGAUGUUCCAGUUCAUUUCCGCCCGCUUGUUGCUUCUAUUUCUAUUGAUGGUACUUCUGCGACUACUAUCAUUGUGGACGGCACUACAGGAGAACCAUUAUGGAGACCUUUCCUCUACAAUGAGAGUUGUCCCGAUGCAUUGCCAAUGGUAAAAUCAAUUGCUCCUGUAAACCAUACAGUCUGCUCUGGAUCGUCUACCCUGUGCAAGCUUGUCUCGUGGUGGAAUGCUGAGGAUUCAAAUAAAAAGUCAGCAUUAUUAUUGCACCAAGCAGAUUGGCUUUUGUGGCUUCUUCACGGAAAACUUGGAGUGUCUGAUUACAAUAAUGCUCUAAAGGUUGGCUAUGAUCCAGAAGUGGAUUCUUAUCCACCAUGGCUGCUUGCUCAGCCAUAUUCACAGGUUUUACCUUCUGUUACAGCUCCGGGAACUUCAAUUGGUUUUUUAAAAGAGGAUAUUAGAACCCAGUUUGGAUUUCGAGAAGAUUGUGUUGUAUGCACAGGAACAACUGAUAGCAUAGCUGCUUUUCUUGCAGCACGUGCAACACACCCUGGGAAAGCUGUCACUUCUUUGGGUUCCACACUUGCUAUUAAACUACUGAGCACAAAGAGGAUUGAGGAUGCACGAUUUGGGGUUUAUAGUCAUCGCCUUGAUGAUAAGUGGCUUGUUGGAGGUGCUUCAAAUACUGGCGGAGCUGUUCUUAGAGAACUUUUUACGGACGAACAAUUGGAUAAAUUGAGUAAACAGAUAAAUCCCACGGAAGCUUCUCCUCUAGAAUACUAUCCUCUAAAAGCAGUUGGUGAGAGAUUUCCUGUGGCAGAUCCAAAUCUGGCACCCAGGUUACAUCCACGCCCAGAAAGUGAUGUUGAAUAUUUGCAUGGUAUUUUAGAAUCCAUUGCACGUAUAGAGGCAAAGGCUUAUAGCUUGUUGAAAGAUAUGGGAGCAACCCAGGCUGAAGAAGUGUUUACAGCAGGAGGUGGUGCAAAAAAUGAGAAAUGGAUAAAGAUACGAGAGAGAGUACUCGGCUUGCCUGUAAGUCGGGCAAUGCAAACAGAAGCUGCCUUUGGAGCUGCACUAUUGGCAUUGAAGGGUGCCCAACAGAGUAUCAAUUAGAAGCAUAGUUAGAAAGGAAAUGUUUUAGACAUGAUUAAGUAAUAGCAGGAUCAUAGACUUGCACUUCAGAUUGAUGGCGAAUAAGCCAACUUGUUGAGACAAAGGUCGUACGGAUCUUGUUAAUUUGACAAGUAUAAAUGCCAUUUUUCGUGUGAAUCUAAUAAAAUACAUAUUAAAUUCCUAA